CCUGCGGGGACUAUCUGGAGAACAUAUAAGGCUCCAUGUUCCUCCUGUUUUUCGUUCCAUUCCUGCCGCGUUCUUUCAAUAUAGUUACAGUGUUGUAGGUGGUAGCGGAUUUGUACCAUCACAAACUCAUUUAGAAAAAUGAAGGUGUUUUGCAUAUUGGUCGUCAUCGUAGUGGUGAGUGAAGUAGCUGCUAGAAGAGCUGCAACGAGACAAGCGUCACCUGACGAAUACCAGCCUGAAUCAAAGGCUUACGGAAUGCCUUACAAUUUUGGCUAUUCGGUUUACCAUCCUCCAUCUUACAAUGACUACGGUCAUCAAGAGACGAGCGAUGGUAAACGAGUUGAUGGCGAGUAUCGCGUCGCACUUCCCGACGGCCGCACGCAAAUCGUGACUUAUUAUGUCGAAGGUAACAGUGGUUUCCAAGCCAAGGUCCGUUACGAACCUACCGUAAAUGGGCCACCAGCCACACCCUAUGAAGGGCCCGAAUCUCAUCACGAAGUCAGACGGCCGGUUUACGAACCCGUACAUGAACCGAGAAGACCGCAUUACCCUCCACCUUACGAGCCACGAAGACCUCUUUAUCCUCCACCCCAAGAAUCUCUUUACCGUCCAAAAGAGCCUGAGUAUCCACCUGCACAUUUACAUAAGAAGCCCUUUUACGUAGAAACGCCAACGGAAUCGAGUGAAGCUCCUGUUGAUGAAGAAGAACCUUCCAUUUCCACCGUUUCUCCACCGGUGAUCGAUGAACCAAAAUCCGAACCGGAACCAAUUAGCGAAGGUCGUCGGCCUCACGAUGGCUAUUCUGAAAACCCUUCUACUAAACCUUAUGUCAGACGUCCGAACGAUUAUCCGCCCAGACCCAACCCAUAUCCACAGGGCUACGUUCCUUACGCUCAACGUGAACACCCGCAACCUCACGAUGGCUAUUCUCCCAAGUUGUACAAACAAUUUCAAGGAGACUACGGUAGGAGAGUCCAGCCUCAUGACGGCUAUUCUCCUAAACCUAACAACGAGCGUAAGGAAGAAUACACGCCUAAUCUACCUCACGAUGGCUACUCUCCCAAGCUGUACAACGAGCCGAAAGAAGCCUAUCCUACUAAUCCUUACAAACCUCUUCCGCCCAGGAUUGCUGAAGAUCAUCCUCCUCGUCGUUUACCUCACAGCGGUUACACGAAGUCAAAUGACGUUAGUGAUUUGGAGAGGCAGCCAACGAGACCGUCCCAUCCGCGUUACCACGAUGGUUACAGCGAACGACAUCCUCACCGAGAGUUGAAGCAAAGUGUUGAAGUGGGAGAAAGAAAACCUCAUACGGGUUAUCCCGACAAUAGCGUGACUGAAGCCGGUCGUACUACCAGCCAGAAACGAAGACGUAGCCCAUCAUCCAGGAAAGUACGUCAACGUUACGUACAAACCAAUUUGCGUAGAGUCAAAGAUGUUAGAGAUAGGCAACCAAGUCAGCGUCGAUUGGUCCGAAUGGCAGUACAACCAUAUCACGCUGCGAUGACAAGACAGUAAUAAAGAGUUUUGUUUUUCCAGUUCCAGUUACACCAGACGGAGGUGCAGGACACCGACACUGGUCUUUUUUUUUUCGUUUUCUAAAUAUUCCAUUGAAGUUUCAACAUUUUUCUACAGUUCCAGUUUACUUUCGUGUUACGAUUUAUCCUGUUGACAUUAUAUUAUAGUAACUGUGUUAAAGCACUAUUGUUUCUUAGCAAUGUUUUAUUUUGGUUGAAUGAAUUUUCUAAAUGCACGUGCACCUCUCAAUCAAUACAUUUUUCACUGCAAA